AUGAUGACAAGUGGGAAGGGACACCAUUGUGAGCUUUAUCCGGAGCCGAGGGAAUGGAGGAGGGGGUACACGGGUACAAAUCACCAACACUAUCACAUCGUUCGAGAAGAGCAUCCGAAUCAAAAUCAUUUACAGAAAAACCAAAGGGGUCAAAUGAGACAAAAUCCCAAUUAUCAGUUUGUUUGGGAACAUGUUGUCAAGAAAGGGGAUGCAGUUGUGGAUGCCACUUGUGGAAAUGGUUACGAUACCUUGGCGAUGGUGAAUAUGGUGGCUGAUGAGUCACGUGCUGGCCGUGUUUAUGCAAUGGACAUUCAAGAAACCGCAAUAAAGAAUACCAUGUCUUUGUUGGAUAGAUCGCUUCAUCCUGAUGAGAAAGAAAUGGUAGAGCUAUAUGCUACGUGUCAUAGCAAAAUGGAACAAGUUGUUCCAAGGAGUGCUACAGUGAGGGUGGUUGCAUUCAACUUGGGAUAUCUUCCGGGAGGUGAGAAAACAGUGAUUACUAAACCAGAAACAACCCGAUUAGGAAUGGAGGCUGCAACCAGAAUAGUUGUAGCAGGAGGUGUUAUCAGCAUGCUCGUUUAUGUGGGGCAUCCUGGUGGCAUGGAAGAAUAUGAGAUGGUGGAAGCCUUUGCUUCUGGAUUGCCAGUCGAUACCUGGAUAUGCUGCAAGCUUCAAAUGUUGAACCGCCCGUUGGCUCCCAUACUCUUUCUCUUAUGUAAGAGGUAA